UUGCACAACAGCAUGUGAAAUUUAUUGUCAAUCAGUGUUGCUUCCUAAGUGGACAGCUUGAUUUCACAGAAGUGUGAUUGACUUGGAGUUACAUUGUGUUGUUUAAGUGUUCCCUUUUUUUUGGAGAAGUAUAUAAGAGGACCUGUCCAUUUGUCAGUGGUGUAAAAAUACUUUAAAGUACUACUUAAGUAGUUUUUGGGGUAUCUGUACAUUAGUAUUUAUGUUUUGACUACUUGUACUUUUACCUCACUACAUUCCUAAAGAAAAUAAUGUACUUUUUACUCCAUCAAUUUUCCAUGACACCCAAAACUACUCGUUACAUGUUGAAUGAUUUAGCAGGACAGAAAAAUGGUCCAAUUCACACACUUAUCAAAAGAACAUCCCUGGUCAUCUCUACUACCUCUGAUCUGGCGGACUCACUGAACACACAUUUCGUUUGUAAAUUAUGUCUGAGUGUUGGAGUGUGCAGCUGGGUAUCCGUAAAUAAAAGAAAAGGGUGCUGUCUGGUUUCCUUAAUAUAAGGAAUUCGAAAUUAUUUCUACUUUUACUUUUGAUACUUAAGUAUAUUUUAGCAAUUACAUUUACUUUUGAUAUUUAAGUAUAUUUAAAACCAAAUACCUUUAGAUUUUUACUCCCAAGUAGUAUUUUACUGGGUGAUUCACUUUUGCGUGAAUCCUUUUCUAUUUAGGUAUCUUUCCUUUUACUCAAGUAUGACAACUGUGUACUUUUUCCACCACUGCCAUUUGUAUGGACAGAGGUUGGGUCCCCAGUUUAACACGUCAGCCAGAACUGUAGAUCCACCCUGUGGAGGAAUUUGACCAUCUCUGGGACAGGUUCUGAGUUGGUGACUCCUCUGUUUACAUGGAAAUGAGAGAAAAGAAAAGGUGUGAUAUGUGUUAUAAAGGUGAACAUAGGGCUGUGAGGUAAAAUCAAACAAGUUACUCUCACUUGGUAUUCCAGAAAGAGGCAUUUAAGUUGUUCAAUGAUGUGUAUGUUUUUGUCUUCUGUAAUAGUCAACUAGGAAUCAAGGACGGACCUUGUCUGUUGACACAGUGAAUGUAAUCUGCUUGUAUCCUUUCUCUCUAUUCAGCCUCUUGAAUCAGGACUUGUGGGUCUACUGCGUAGACAAAGGAAAUAACACACCUUUGCAGCAGCAAGACUGUACAGGAUUCUCUGUUAGUACUGCCCCAGCUCCUCCUCUUCUCUGUUAGUACUUGUCUUAUAGGGCGGUGAACAGACACAGAACAUUGUAGUAGUUUUCCUGUUCUAUUCUCUCAGCGUGUGGAGACAUGCGCUGCACAGCGGUUGUGUCAUGGGCUGCAUUCCAUCAGGUGUGCCCGUCCAACUGCCUGGAUCAGUUCUCAUUAAACUGGAGCCAAAAAGGAACUUUCCACACCAUCCCUGUCUCCUAGACCUAGUACAUAAAUUACAGUUGCUCCAGUGAUCCAUAGUAAUCGAACUAAAGGGGCAAGUUCUGAAAAAGAGACUGUCAACAUCCAGCCUCAACCAUGGAUUGGAAGACCUUCCAAGCCCUCCUGAGUGGGGUGAAUAAGUACUCCACGGCAUUUGGUCGUAUCUGGCUCUCUGUGGUGUUUGUGUUCAGGGUGAUGGUGUACGUGGUGGCGGCGGAGCGUGUGUGGAGCGAUGAUCAGAAGGACUUUGACUGCAACACCAAGCAACCCGGCUGUGCCAACGUCUGCUACGACCACUACUUCCCCAUCUCCCACAUUCGCCUGUGGGCCCUGCAGCUCAUCUUUGUCACUUGUCCUUCCUUCAUGGUGAUGAUGCAUGUGGCGUAUCGCGAUGAACGCGAACGGAAGAAUGCCAAGAACGGCAACAAGGACAAGCUGUACGACAACACAGGGAAAAGGCACGGCGGCCUCUGGUGGACCUACCUGCUUAGUCUCUUCGUCAAGACGGGCAUCGAGAUCUCCUUCCUCUACAUCCUCCACAAAAUCUACGACAGCUUCUACCUGCCCCGGCUGGUCAAGUGUGAGGUCAGCCCCUGCCCCAAUCAGGUGGACUGCUACAUCGGCCACCCCACAGAGAAGAAAGUUUUCACCUACUUCAUGGUGGGCGCCUCGGCCCUCUGCAUUGUGCUCAACGUCUGUGAGAUCGUAUACCUUGUCUCCAAGCGGAUCGCUCACAUAGCACAAAAUACGAGGAGAAAACAGAGGAACAUGGCCCUGAAUGAACGGUACAGCAAGGAGAAUUCCUGCAACGACUGCACUCUGCCCAUGUUUCAGCUGGAGAAACAACCCUUCGGAUCCCAGUUCCCAGGCCACCUUCAAGCCCCUUAACCGGCUCACAUACGUGCGUCUGCCCCUAACCUGUCCUCUGCAGCAUAGGAUGCUUGAACUAUCCCAAGAUUCAACCACAACAUGUAUGCCUAUGGAGCCAGGUCUCACCUUAUUGAUCAAGCCUGCUCAUGCUUGUCCUCCUUUAAGACUCUGUAUGAGAGACAGGUUUUUCUCUAAGACUCUACUGUCCGAUUACUGCCCUAUACUGCCAUGGAGCAAGGCUUUGUACUGAUGUUCCAUGACCCUGGGGCUAGACAACCCUGAUCUUCAGCCACACCCCAUUUUAUACAACUCAACUCCCACUGCCAGACUGAAUUUAAAAAAUCUAUAAUUGUCUACUGUAACAUCUUACAAAUCUUUUCCAGUUAGUCUCACUUUGUUUUCACAUUACUUUGGGGUUUCUUGCCAGGGGUAAAGGUGCCCGCAUACUAGAUUUGGUUUGUUCAUAGCAGAACUCGACUAGGCGAAGCAAACGUCUGUGUUCGCAUACUCCCUAAAGACCUUUGCUUGAAAAACAAGAAAAAAGCAGCAAUAUUACUGUUGUUUGUCCCUCGUGAGCCACCGUAGCAACAACAUAGCCAACAUCCUCAAAAAGAUAAAUCAAGAAAUCUGUAAUACAUUUUUUACCGAGGAUGUCUGUCGUGCAAUUUUAUCUAGCUAAGAUGUUUGGUGCAAGUGAAAAAGUAAAAAAAAUUGCAUGAAAACUAGUAGUGCAUUAGCCUCAAAUACAUUUUUUUUUACCCUGUUUUAUGACCUCAAUAUGAGGACAACAGUAUGAUAACAAAUCUCUUUGCUUUGAACUUGAUAGUGGUACUGCAAGAUAAGUCUAAAAUGGACAGUGGCUUCCCACUACUUGACGCUCUCAUCAUUUAUUUUGUUUUAUUUACAGCAUUUAUUCUAAUAGAAGCUCCUCUAUCAUUAUUACAGAUCUUUUUUUAUUUUUUACUUACUCUAUUGCAAGACGACGUUAGCAUAGUUCCACUCAGAUUUAUGUUGCAAAGCUACAACAGAUUGCCUGUGUUUUUACAUGCUUGUAAACCAACCUUCCUCAUCCAAGGUUUAUGUUGAUUCAAAUGAGGGACAAGGAACGCUGCUAUUUAAUUGAUCAAGUCCACUUAUGCAAGUAAACCCUGGCAUCUUGGAUAGCUGGAGCACAUGAAAGCAAAGAAGAACAGGGUUGACAAUAAAGUGGAUAAAAUCUCAGCCUUAGUGUUCCUCAUGGAACAUUGGUGUGGAUACCUGAUAGCCUCACAUUGUCAGGAGCAGAACCCUCACAAUCAGCAUCAAACUUCCAUUUUGUACAUUAUUAUUUUGAUAAAUAAAAUGUUUACAUUUCAUUUA